CGGGGAGAAUUUUCUGAGCGGCGAGAGUGGAGGGUUCGGCUUUCAGAAAAGUGCCCCGUGCAGUAGCUGUAAAUACGUACUGUUUACAUCGAGAGAAGAAGCCUAUAUCCUCCCACCUCCCUCGGCGAUCAGCUUACUGGAACAGCGGCUGACUCGACUCUCCAUCGCCUCUGAAAGCGUCUGUGGAACUGGUCAUGGUCUGUGGUAUAGCACGGGCCUUGAAGAUCUGCGUUACAUCAGAAAAACAACUAUCAUUGUGGGAUUUACGUCCUUGAGUUCUAGGAAACCGACAAACGGUUUUUGUGGCGCACUAUUUCACGAUAUUUGAUUGAUCUGAUCUCCAGAGGAGAGUGGAUGUGCCGUCCAAGCUGACCGAGAUAUGGCUGUUCUAAAACUCGUCGAUCAGCCUCCACUCAUCCAGGCAAUCUUCAAUGGAGACCCUGAAGAGAUUCGUAUGCUUAUCUACAAAUCGGAGGAUAUCAACGCUCUGGAUGCCGAGAAACGCACCCCACUUCACGCUGCAGCCUUCCUAGGAGACGCCGAGAUCACCGAGCUCCUCAUCCUCUCAGGGGCGCGGGUCAACGCCAAAGACAAUAUGUGGCUCACCCCUCUCCACCGCGCGGUGGCUUCUCGUAGCGAGGAGGCGGUCCGCGUGUUGAUCCGCCACUCUGCAGACGUGAACGCCCGGGAUAAGAACUGGCAGACGCCGCUGCACGUGGCGGCCGCCAACAACGCCCUGCGCUGCGCCGAGGUCAUCAUCCCACUGCUGAGCAGCGUCAACGUGUCGGACCGCGGCGGGCGCACCGCCCUGCACCACGCCGCCCUCAACGGACACACGGAGAUGGUCAGCCUCCUCCUGGAGAAGGGAGCCAACAUCAACGCCUUCGAUAAGAAAGACGGCAGGGCUCUCCACUGGGCUGCGUUCAUGGGCCACCUGGAUGUGGUGUCGCUGCUGGUCAACCAAGGGGCGGAGAUCAGCUGUAAGGACAAGCGGGGCUACACCCCUCUCCAUACCGCCGCCUCCAGCGGGCAGAUCGCCGUGGUCAAACACCUGCUCAAUCUGGCUGUUGAGAUCGACGAGGCUAACGCCUUUGGGAACACGGCGCUCCACGUGGCGUGCUUCAACGGCCAGGACGCGGUUGUGAGCGAGCUGAUCGACUACGGCGCCAACGUGAGCCAGCCCAACAACAAAGGCUUCACCCCGCUGCACUUUGCGGCGGCCUCCACACACGGAGCCCUCUGUCUGGAGUUCCUGGUUAACAACGGAGCGGACGUCAACGUGCAGAGUCGGGAUGGGAAGAGCCCGCUCCACAUGACAGCGGUCCAUGGACGCUUCACCCGUUCCCAAACACUCAUUCAGAACGGCGGAGAGAUUGACUGUGUGGACAAGGAUGGGAACACCCCUCUCCACAUCGCUGCCCGCUACGGUCAUGAACUCCUCAUCAACACACUCAUCACCAGUGGCGCAGACUGUACAAGGCGAGGGGUCCAUGGCAUGUUCCCUCUGCACCUGGCUGCCCUGAAUGCACACGCGGACUGCUGCCGGAAACUUCUCUCCUCAGGUCGGAGGUAUAGCGUAAUGUGCCCCCCCCCCAGUAAUGACUCGGCCCUGUGUGCAGGCUUCCAGAUCGACACCCCUGACACCCUGGGCAGGACCUGCCUGCACGCUGCCGCCGCUGGAGGGAAUGUGGAGUGUGUGAAGUUGCUUCUGAGUAGUGGUGGAGAUCACAACAGAAGGGAUAAGUGGGGCAGGACCCCUCUUCACUAUGCUGCAGCCAGUCGUCACUAUCAGUGCCUGGAGACUCUGGUGUCGUGUGGAACCUGCAUUAAUGCCACCGACCAGUGGGGGCGCUCUGCUCUGCACUACGCUGCUGCCUCUGACCUUGACAGGAGGCGUCGUGUUGCUCUGGAGCCAGAGAGUGAUGGAGUCCAGGCAGAGAAGGAGAAGGAGGCAGCACUGUGUUUGGAGUUCCUGUUACUAAGUGGUGCGACUGCUUCCCUAAAAGACAAGCAGGGAUACAGCCCUGUUCACUAUGCUGCAGCCUAUGGCCAUAGACACUGCCUGGAACUGCUGUUGGAUCAAGACGAGAGUCACCAGGAGGACGCUGACUCCGGCAGUGCCAGGAGUCCUCUCCACUUAGCUGCUUACCACGGCCACGCCCAGGCGCUGGAGGUGCUGCUGCAGGGGGAGAGGGAGGUGGAUCAGGGGGACGAGGCCGGCAGGACCCCCCUGGCCCUGGCCGCUCUCAGGGGCCACACGGACUGCGUCCACACCCUGCUCAGCCAGGGGGCCUCGCCCAGGACCACGGACACCAACCACGGGCGCACCCCCGUGCAUCUGGCAGUGAUGAAUGGACACACGUCGUGUGUGCGCCUCCUGCUGGACGACUCGGACAGCGCAGACCUGGUGGAGGCAGCUGACUCUCAGGGACAGACUCCCCUGAUGCUGGCCGUCGCCGGGGGUCAUGUGGAUGCUGUGUCUCUGCUGCUGGAGAGAGAGGCCAGUGUGGACACGGCCAACCGCCACGGCCUGACUGCCCUGCACCUAGGGUUGCUCUGCGGCCAGGAAGAGUGCGUCCAGUGUCUGUUGGAGCAGGAAGCUUCCGUGUUGCUAGGCGACGCCCGGGGUCGCACGUCGAUCCACCUGGCAGCCGCGCGGGGCUACGCCUCGUGGCUGAGCGAGCUGCUGAGCAUAGCCUGCUCCGAGCCUCCCCUGCCCCCGCUCCGGGACCUCCAGGGCUACACGCCUCUGCACUGGGCCUGCUACUACGGUCACGAGGGCUGCGUUGAGGUACUGCUGGAACAGAAAGGCUGUCGCUGUAUAGAUGGGAACCCCUUCACCCCCCUGCACUGUGCUGUAAUGAACGACCACGAGCCGUGUGCCUCUCUGCUCCUGGAGGCCAUGGGCUCGGACAUCGUCAGCUGUAAGGAUGCCAAAGACAGGACACCUCUCCACGCUGCAGCCUUCUCUGGCCAUGUGGACUGUGUCCAGCUCCUCCUGUCCCACGAUGCACCUGUAGAUACUGUUGACCAGUCAGGGCGCACUGCCUUGAUGAUGGCUGCUGAGAAGGGUGGAGUUGGGGCAGUCGAGCUGCUGUGGACCAGUGCCAAGGCCAACCUGAGUCUGACGGACCACAGUGGUAACACGGCCCUCCACCUGGCCUGCAGUGCAGGAAAGGAGGACUGUGUGUUGUUCAUCCUGGAGAAACUGACCGACUCCGCCCUCAUAAGUGCCACAAACGCAGCGCUGCAGACUCCCCUCCACCUCGCGGCCCGUAGCGGACUGAAGCAGGCUGUUCAGGAGCUGCUGUCCCGGGGCGCCAGCGUCCAGAUGCUGGAUGAGAACGGUCUGACACCUGCUCUGGCUUGCGCCCCUAGCAGGGAGGUGGCUGACUGUCUGGCUCUCAUUCUGGCUACCAUGAUGCCUUUCUGCUCCCCUUGCAGCUCUGGAGCCCCCUCCCCAGGCUCUCUGCUGAGACAGCUACCCCGUCCGGGGAAGUCGUCCCGGGGGCCACGCAGCCCUAAGAACCCCUCCGGACCCUCCAGCGAGGGCACCACCGAGAACGACUCGGACUCUGAAACCUUUUGACCCCAGCUGACGGACUACCUUGUCGGCACCCUCACUCUCUACCCCCCCCCCCCCCCCGAACACAACUCCUAAUUGGUCAUACAUAACCCAGUGUUUUUAUUGUGUGCUGUGAGUGCAGACUUCAGGGAGCGGGGUAGAGAAUGAGGGAUGCAGUCUGAGGGCCUUAGCUCUGCACAUUCCCGCCCCCCGCCCCCUCCCCGCCCCCUCCCCCUGUUCGGCCUUUCUCCUCAGUGCUCACUCCUCCACAGGGGGGAGCCUGUAUCAAGGACCUGUCUCUACAGAAGGAUGACUCUACUUGUGGGGUAUUCUCCAGACCAACCUCGGUACUAUGUCUCAGCAUGACUAAGAUGGCAUCUGAGACUUUUCUUAAAGCCAUUUUUUACUGUUUGUACAAAAAGAGGACCAGGAGGAAGAACAAUAGAGUUUAACCUUGUUUUAUUUUGAAAGAUUCUUUGUUUGGUUGACGUAACCAAAAAUAUGACUUAACAUAUGUUAAGUAUGUAUGUCCAUUCCUGUUGCUGGGUAUUCUUUCAAGGUACAUAGGCCAAAGCUAAUAGCUGCCUGGUGACAAACUGAAGCAUAGAUUAGGAGGUAUCUAUUUUAUCUCCAGAAACAGGGUUACAUAACUUAAAAAAAAAACAUUUCCAUGAGUAAGAAUGGUUGUAUGGGUAUCUCUGUUUCUACGGGACAGAUAGAUCUGAUGUAUUUCAAGUGUGAAAUUCUUGAGGUGAGCUUGAUUUCAUUUCCUUGCAUGCUUAGUUUGCACACAUAAGACUUUCAAUGUGGCUCCACUGCCUAACAAAAUCAAGCCCACCCUAACUAUAUCAUGUUUGAAUUGGGUAGCUGUUUUUACCUGUCUGCUGCCUGUUUUCACCUAUGUCCUGAUAAAAAACAAAACUAUUAUGAUGUCUAAUAUUACCUGAGUUUCCACAUGAAUAUACAAGGUCAUAAGAAUGCCUAAGUGAGGAAGUUGUAUGGUAUUUACUAAGAUGGUACAAAUACUGCCAGCACUUAUAAUGUAAAGUUAACACAGGGCCUUGACCACUCCCCUUCUCCUGCCCACUUCCCUCUACUGUUUGUCUACCUACCAACGAUGUGCCAGUCUCUCAAACUUGUCCAGUGCCUUGUUACAUGUCUUUGUAUUCACGAGUCGUCUGUUUUGUACAUUUACUUGGAAAAAAAGUUGGAAAUAUUUCCUUUGUGCAAGGAAACAAAUGUUCCUGCUUGUGUGUGUGUGUGAAGUGAGUGUCAGGGGGUUGAUUGGAGAUCAGAGUUGGUUCUUGUACACUGGUGGACCGUUCUGCUGUCUUAUCAAAUGACGUACCGUAUAUCCCUGAGAAGAACCUCACACCAAUCUGAUCUCCCUAGCGACAGUCAUAAAGCUGUGUGUGUGUGUUAAUGUGUGUUUGUGAGAGAAUGGGUCUAAAAUGUCUAAUGAAGUGACGUUUUUAAAUCUGCUUUUGUACAUAUGGUUUUAGCAAAGCACAACCUUGUCUGUAAUAAUCUAUUACACAGAAAACCCAGAUCACCUCGCUUGGAGUCAACUCAAUCCUUUCAGGAAGCAAACGGAGGAAAGGCCAUUCUUUUUCUAGGAUUUGAAGUUAUUUAAUGGCAAAUAAAAGAUAUAUUACAAUUGUAAGAAAAGAAAAAUAAUUUCAAAGCCUUUCUUAGACUGAAAUUGAGCUGGCCCCAACCCUGCUACGCACACACACCUAUGGAAAAAAGCAGUGUUAGCUUGGCUGUAAUAUUUCUGAAUUAAAGUUCAUGAGAUGCGUGAGACCAGAUCUGUCAGUAUUACUAAACCACCUGAGCACCACCAGUUGCGACAAUCUGUAUCGAUGUGUCAAAUUUUCAUACCAGUUCUUGAUGCAGUAUGUACAGCUGAGGGCUGUCAGCCACCCUUUGUUUUAUAUGAAUUGUACAAUUCUAGAAUAAAACGGUUUAAUUUAA